AUGAUUAUCAGCCUUACAGGAGAAAAAAAAACACAAAAAAUUAAGGAAGCUUGCCAAAAGCUUCUACAAUCUCCUCAACCUACAAUACGGGAAGUGGCUAGAGUCAUUGGCAUGUUAACAGCUAGCUUCCCAGGAGUAAUGUUUGGGCCAUUACAUUAUAGGCACUUAGAUAUGGAUAAAACUGUGGCCCUGAAAAUAAGAAAAGGCAAUUAUAAUAAGACCAUGACUCUUCCAGAUGAGGCUAAGCACGAGCUGAGCUGGUGGGUAAGCUCAAUUGAAAGUGUGUACAAUGUACACGCUGGUCACGGACAAGCUGACACAACCAUGACCACAGAUGCCUCAAAAACGGGUUGGGGUUGCUCCCUAGCUGGCACACCUACCGGUGGCUCAUGGGACUCUGGAGAAUCGGAGAAACACGUUAACUGGCUGAAAGUUAAAGCCAUAUUACUCAGUCUAAAAUCAUUUGUAGAUCAUAUUUGUCAGAAGCAUGUAAAAAUCCUAUCGGACAACACAACAGCAGUCUGCUGUAUAAAUCAUAUGGGGACUAGUCACUCCAAGGAGAAAAAUCUCUUAGUAAAAGAGAUAUGGGAAUUUUGCAUUACGAAUAACAAUUGGAUUACUGUAGCACAUAUCCCAGGGAAACAAAAUGUCAUUGCAGAUUUUGAAUCGAGGAGGGGUACCAAUGAUAAAGAGUGGGCCCUAGACCAAGCAGUGUAUGAUCAAGCAAUCCAAUUACUGGAUGUGACAUCCAGUAUUGAUCUGUUUGCCUCAAGGCUAAACUAUAAAUGCAAGCCUUAUGUUGCAUUCAGACCUGACCCUGAGGCUCAAGCCAUAAAUGCCUUUCAUAUCUCUUGGGUAAACAUGUGUUUUUAUGCAUUCCCACCUUUUUUGCAUUAUCAACCAAGUAUUACAAAAAAUAUCAGAAGAGAAGGCAACAGGCAUAAUAGUAAUUCCACACUGGCCGACCCAGUCCUGGUGGCCAUAUCUAACCAAUAUGUUAACAAAUUGUCCCCUUAUGUAGCCUAG